AUGUGGGCCACGCCCUCUCUCCUGAAAGUGGCGAACCCUGUUGUUGUCGCUGUUCCGGCGGUCUGCAUACCGAAUAUUAUCCAAUUCAACGAGUGUUUUGAGAGGCAACCAAUCCUCUGUCAACGCCCUGUUCUUUCAUACUUAGCCCAGUUGAUGACUGUGGACUCAGCUGUGGUGGUAACACCUAGUCGUCGUGCUUUGCCUCUUCGUCGGCGCUAUAUUUCUGCCCCAGCCGCUCGAUAUUCACCUCCCGAUGAUAGGAAAAUUCCUCAUAGGAGGCCUACGAAGGCGACAAUAUUUCCUUCAAACUCGAAACCUAUUAUUGUGCGUAAAUACAUCACAAAACGACCCAUUGCACUUGCACAGAAUCAACGCCAUUCCCCGUCGAUGGAAGGCGCAGACAUGCACCGCUUUGGUGACAGUCCACGGAGUGGCUCAUUCAACCAAAGCGAGGUAGGCAUUGUGGACUCAUUAGCACGGCCAUUGCGAAUGUCCUUCGGCUACGCCUAA